CAUUUUAAUGUGUCGUUAAUGCAUCUUCACAAAAGGGCAACCUUUUAUUGAAGCAAAACAAAUUUUGAAUUAAGGGAUUUCGUCACUGCAUGCAGCACUCACAAAUAUACUUUCCAUUGCAUCAUCUACGUAGCUGUGUGGACUGGAUUGGUGAUGGACAGAAGGAUAGGUCAGUUCAUUAUAGAUGGAUUGAUGUACAUGCAUAGGUCGAUGGAUCAAUAUAGAUCCUCAGCUAUUCUGUCAACCAGUCAGAAAUGGAAAAAUAUUUUUGAUCCAGGAUGCAGUAAAACAUACUGCUCUUCCAUUCGCCAGAAUUCUAUAAACAUGCAAAUCUCUGUCAAUACAUUUUCAUAUUACAUCACACCAUAGGCAUACAUAAGAUUCUGCAGUCAGCGAUUUUGCAACGAUCACAUUAAAGAGUUCUGCUUAAUAAGAAAGCUGAUGGAAUUUAACAAAGGUAGGACAAAACCCUUGGUGACCCUCCAAACUGAUCUAUACUCCUUCAUAAGCGCACAUAUGUUCUACUUGUGUGUACAUAUUAAUUUCUAGUUGUGUGUACUGGUUAUACUGUAUGUUAUGAGGCCAUUGCAGUUUUUGUUGUACAUUUUUAAUGGUAAAGAUGUCAACUGAUUAAGUGAAAUGUUUUUUUGUUACAGGAUGCAGGAGACCAUACUGCUGUUCUGUCUUUCAGGGCUCUUCCUGGGCCACCAUGCCUUGCCUCCUAUCAAAUCGUACUACUACGUGGACCAGAAGCUGAACUGGACCAAUGCUCAGCAACACUGCAGGGAGCAGAAGGGGGACCUGGCCACCGUAGACAACGUAGCGGACAUCCAGCACCUGCAAGAGUCCAGAACGGGCUUUAAUUACGACGACGACUUCAUGUGGAUCGGACUUUAUGAUGACCGCACCCGUUGGAAGUGGUCCCUCGGGGACCAGGACUACAAAGUUGGCCAAAACUAUGGAACGUGGUAUGAUGGUAACCCAAACUUCUGGCAAAACCAAGAGAAUUGUACAGCCUUCUCCCAUUUAGGCGUCUGGUUCGAUGUGUCAUGCUACAGUCUUUAUGGUGCAGUUUGCUUUGAUGAUGAAGAGUCCAACUACACCGCGGUCCAAAACCCAAUGACUUGGUACGAGGCGUUGCAAUACUGCCGGUCUAACUACACUGACCUGGCCAUUGUGCUCAACGCGGAUGAGAACGGCAAAAUAGAGGCAAUUAUUCCAGCAGAUGCAUGGAUUGGUCUCCACAGAUAUCCUUGGUCCCUCUGGUCUGACGGAAGUAGUGCCACUUUCUUGAAUUGGGGACCCGGUGAACCAAACAACCAUGGAGGCCCCGUUGCUCCACGUUGUGUCAAAAUGUCCGUCAACACAGGGCACUUUUUUGAUGAGGAAUGUGGCCUUUUGUACAACUUUGCCUGCCAGGGAAAUCUGAAGCAACGGUCAACCUUCAAGAUCAAGAUCAGCUCUGAAGCAGACAUAACGGAUCCUGAGGUGGAACGCCAGAUUUUGGAACAGCUCCAUGCCAAACUGUCCGAGGUGGGUGUGACUGGGGCAAAUAUCAGCUGGGUUCUCAAGGACGGACAGGUGUUUCACAAGGACCAGCCCAGCAAGACAUGAGAGGAGGUCAUCGCUGUGUUCUGCUCUUUGUGUGUUGAAAUAAACCUUUAGUCAUCUAGCAACAGGGCUCCAAAGAGACCCACCUUUAGGCUCAGAACUUUUAGAGGAUACAAUGUCAAUUGUGCUGGAGUGUGUAGGCUAUCUAUUUACUAAAAAGUAUGUAUUCCCUAUCAUAUGGUUGCUCUUAAUAAUCAUAGUUUUAGCUAGAUUUGUGCACUAGUUAUUUUAUUAUUAUUCAUAGUAGCAGUAGUAGUUGUAGUAGCAUUAGCAGUAGUAGUUCAUGUAUAGUAGUUGUAUUAGUAGUACUAGUAGUAGUAGUACUAGUAGUAGCAUUAGCAGCAGCAGCAGCAGCAGGAGUUGUAGUAGUACCAGUACCACCACCCCCAUCUGCAGGUGCUCAGUUUCCUUCAACACCUCAAAAUGUUUGCGUUAACACUCAUUUCCUGUCCAUCACCAAGACACGGGCGCCUUACCUGGAGCUAGUUCCCAGGCCCCGCCCUGAACCCCAAAUUAAUCGUAAUGAUAUUUCAUUGAUUCUACAUUAGUUUCUUCAGCUUAGUUUCUUGUUGACAAAGAAAGGUUGUGUCCGGUCCUUAUUUCAGUACGAUGUUUUAGAAAUCAACAUGGAAAGUAAGCUGUAGAUUUUGCCAUUAUGUCCUAUUGUGUUUAUUAGUAUUGUGAUGCACUAUACCAGUAUCAAUCUUCAGAAUGAAUAAAGAAAUGUAUCGAAACCAAUCGAUGAGUUUUUUUU